AUGGCGCGGGAGGGAAAAUAAGUAGCAGAGGGGAGUUUUUUCGAUUACUUUGGUGGCUUAUUCAUGCUGCUAAUUUCUGUUUAUAUAGCUUUACACCUGCCAUUGAGUUGCUGAUUGCAGAGCAUGACACAUAUGGCAUCAACCAGGAGGUCAUUCCUGCCAUUAGGAGAGGACAUUCUAUUGUACUUAUGAGAAAUCAAUAUCCUAAGAAAGCACUUUCAAUCCAACCCUCUGCAUCUGCUUCUCUAUCUUUUCUCACGUCUGAGUUAAUAUCUGCACUAUGCUACCCAUUCUUGUGUUUCAAACAUCCAGUCUUACUCCGAGCUUCAGAACAACUCCUCCAUGCACAAUUGUAAUGGAAGAUCCAUUUUGGAAGAUUCUCUUUUCUCUUCUUAUGUUGGCCAUAUUUUUAAAUAUGGCCAGAUCUGUUUCAAAUCCAUUUGGAUCUGUAUUUUCUGGAGCAGUCAUGUUUGUCUAGUUUGGUUCAGACUUUUCAAUUCCUAUAUAAAUUUUAGCAAUUUUUUGCCUUAUGAACAAAUCAAAUGCUUCAAGAGUGGUAACUAUGCUGUUGGUCCUUCCUGUGUGUUAUGUCAAGGUCAGGAAAAAGCAAUCCUUUCAUACAUGUGAUGCAGGGAAUCUUAACAAGCUUGAUAUUACACUGCAGCUAGUUAUUCCCGGCAUGAUGUUAAUUUAGUCAGCUAGUUAUUCAAAUUAUCAUACAAAAUUGAGAUAAAUUAUCAUAAUCAAAUUUCAAGUGCUUUUGAGACUCUUUACUCUUUGUGUAGUGAGUGUUACCAGUUAAGUUUUAUCUAUCCAUUAUAUCAAGGUAAAAGAUGAUCCACGGUUAAUAAUUUUCUUGAUCUUGAAUCUCUGCCCACGUGUCCAUUUUAGAAAUGGCGGUUAAUAACCACCCUUUUCCCGAUCUUGAAUCUUGAAAUCUUGAACUUCUGCAGAAUUUCCUAUAUAAGGACUCCUGCUCGCUGGGUUCAAACUCCCAAUGUUAUUUGACAUUUUUAAAGUUAUUGAAAGCGAUUUGAAAGCAUUUUUUAAGCGAUUAUAGAUACUGCAAGCGAUUUGAUUUGAUUUCUGCUCAAUUACCGAAAGCAAUUUGGUUUCACAAUGAGGUUCGGUAGCUAUUCAGCAAAGGUCGUGUGGGUAUUGUCGGCAGCAAUACUAACAAUGUGUGUGGCCGCCUGGAUGGGCAUUGCAAUUUUCCACAAUGGCAGUGGAGGGAAGCUCAUCGACUCUAGCUGCAAGAAGACACCAUACCCUGAGGUCUGUGUUUCAGCAUUGCAAUCAUAUGAAGGAGCGAAUUCCAAGAAUCUUGCUCAUAUUACUGUGAAGGCGAGCUUACAUCGAGCUCAGAAAGCAUACAGCUCGACUUUGAAAGCAGCUUCCGAGUUUCCAGAACUCAUGGCUUUUGAAGAUUGCAUUGGCCUGUUCGUAGAUGUUGUGGAUCACGUCAACCGGUCGAUGGCAGAAGUACCCGGCCUGGAUGUGAAUCCCUCCAAGGCUCAGAUUGCAAAUGCCAAGACAUGGAUAAGCGCGGCUCUCACGGACGUGGAGACAUGCCUGGAUGGUUUCAGAGAGACGACCGGGACAGUGAUGGCCAAGGUGGAGGAUCAUUGUCAGUCUUUGACAAGAUCUCUCAGCAAUGCUCUGUACGUGUUCCAGCUCUACUUCCCUGAUAACGAUAAUGUGUCUGGGUUUUCUGGGAGUCCUCUGUUUAAUAACCCUCACCCUGGGUCUGGCUUUUCUGGUCGUCCUGUGUUAAUUAACCCUAACCCUCACCCUGGGUCUGGGUUUUCUUUUCCUCCGUGGAUGUCCCGGACCGAUCGGAGGCUGUUACAAGUGCCUGCGUUGGCGUUGCAUGUGAAUGCAACUGUGGCUCAGGACGGCAGUGGGCAGUACAAGACCAUUGGAGAGGCUCUCAUGCACGUGCCGUCUCAUGGCAGUGAGCGGUAUGUUAUCUAUGUCAAAGCUGGCGUGUAUGAGGAAAAUGUGCUUCUCUACAAGGAGAAGACGAAUGUGAUGUUGCUUGGCGAUGGGCGCGACCGGACCAUUGUUGCUUCCAGCAAAAAUGUCAAGGAUGGCUACACAACCUUCGCCUCUGCAACUUUUGGUGCAUCUGGCAAAGGAUUUAUUGCCAGAGAUAUGACCUUUGCCAACUUUGCAGGACCACGCAAGAAUCAAGCUGUAGCUCUACGUGUGGGAGCUGAUCUUUCAGCCUUUUACCGCUGCAACUUUAUUGGCUUCCAGAACACCUUAUAUGUUCACUCCCUCCGCCAGUUCUACAGAGAGUGUAAUAUCUAUGGCACUGUAGACUUCAUCUUGGGCAAUGCAGCUGCCAUUUUUCAGAAUUGCACUAUUAUUGUGAGAGCACCAAUGGCCAAUCAGACCAACACCAUUACUGCUCAGGGCAGAAACGACCCCAACCAGAACACUGGCUUUUCCAUUCAAAACUGCAGCAUUGUGGCCUCCACAGAUCGUGUUCCAGUCAGAUCUGCUUAUCUUGGAAAGCCAUGGAAACUGUUCUCGCGGACAGUCAUCAUUCAGAGCUUCUUAGGCGAUGUAAUCCACCCAGCUGGCUGGCUGGAGUGGUCGGAAGAUUAUGGGCUGGAAAGAGUAUAUUAUGGAGAAUAUAUGAACAGCGGACCCGGCUCAAAGGUGGACGGGCGAGUUGGAUGGGGGGGUUAUAGGGUCAUUAAAAGAGUAGAGGAGGUCAAUAUUUUUAGUGUUGAUAAUUUCAUUUCUGGGGCUACUUGGUUGCCAUCUAGUGGAAUUCCCUUUGAUCAUGAAUUGUAAAAGUAGUUCCAUUUAGGUUUAGGUAGUUUUUGAUUUCAUCGUUUGGGAUGUAAAAUCUAUGUUUUGAGUCUAUCUUUUGGGAUGUUUUUGUAAGAAUAUUUUGUAACUUCUCUUGAACUACAACUGGAGGUUUUCUUCUUCUUGGUUCUUUCCUGCUGAUUCAGACGCUGCUGGUAUCCUCGUCUGAACCAAGUUUUGUAAUCUCGUCUGAACCAAGUUUUGUAAUGUUAUAUUUCUAUAUAUAAUUUAAUUAUGAUGUCUUUGCCA